AUGACCGACCUUUGGCAUGACCAACUGCGACUUGAGUGGCGGGGGGGCAGCAAGUCUGGCACUGUCUUCGCGCUCUGUGCUGAAGACUUCUCCCUCAAGCCCAACCAGUGCGUCAUCUUGCAGGGCGAUUUCGGAGGGCGGAAUUCGUGGACAAGGCGCUUUCGGAGGGCGGAAGUCGUGCACAAGGCGGUUUCUCGGAGGGCGGAAUUCGUGGACAAUUUUCGGAGGGCGGCAUUUGUGGACAAGGCGAUUUUUCGGAGGGCGGAGUUCGUGGACAAGGCGGUUUUUCGGAGGGCGGCAUUUGUGGAUGAAACGAUUUUCGGACGGCGGAAUUCGUGGACAAGGCGAUUUCGUAGGGCGGAAUUCGUGGACAAGGCGAUUUCGGAGGGCGGAAUGCGUGGACAAGGCGAUUUUUCGACGAUUUCUCGGACGGCGGAAUUUGUGGACAAAGCGAUUUUUCGGACGGCGGAGUACGUGGACACGGCGAUUUCUUUUCGUGGAAAAGGCGAAAACGGAGAUCUCUUUCUUGUCACGCCAUCAGCGACGCCGGCUUCUCAUGGCGAGCGCUGGGCGGUGCACCUGUAUUCCGGUGAAAAGGGCCACGACUCCAUAUUCAUCCGUCAGUCUAAGGGGCAGGACAUUUUCCGUGCAGAGACCUGGCGGCUGUUGGUCUGGGCAGCUCGCAGCGGCCGCAUCGACGUCAUAAUGGGCGGCCCUCCGGGACGACAAGCAGACGUGGUUUCUCGCUACGCACAGGCGGCGUGGUUCCACGAUGCGGUCGUCGACUUUCAGGCCGGGCGUGUGUAUUUAAAUGCGCUGACCUUGGCGAUGGCCUUUGUCGUGGCAUCCAUUCAGCUCAACAUCGUGCGCGAUCGACCUCGGUGGAUGACUGCUGCUCUCACAUGGAGCACGGUGGCAUUGACUGCCGUGGCUUCCCUGCCUCUUCUGGUGCCACAGGUUUUCACUCCAGGCUCGUUGGACGCGUUCUACGUGGCUGUGAUGUUCAUUGCGGCAGCCACGCUGACGCCGCCCCUCUGCCCACCUGACCAACUGCAGCUAUUGGUUCUUCUGAUCAUCGUGCUGAUCCGGCUUCCUGCUGUAUGCCUUUGCACACGCGUCUCCCUGCUUGUGGUGCUGAACUGCAUCAGCUCUGGUGUGGUGCUGCUCCGCGUGCUGAUUGAAGACUUCGACACGGAGACUGGUUGUUCGCAGAGGGCGCCCUAUGCGAUCAUGUGGACGGAGUUGGUAUGCUUCGUGGUCAUCGUGGGCAUGGGAGGGGGGCUGGAGGUUUUUCUCAAGCAGAAUGUCGUUCAGGACCUCAAGUACAGCCGGGUGACUGAAGAGCUCAGCGCAGCCACGGCACUUCUUCGUUUGACCUGCGAUGCCGUCGUGGAGCUCGAUGAGGACCUGCGACUGACCGAGCAUUCGAAGGAGCUCGCAGCAAUCCUGUUGCGUGAUCGUCCCGGCUCUACCCUUGCAGGCGUCCGCUUUGCCGACUUCGUGGCUACGAACGAGGAAGCCUCCCGAGUAAUCGAGUUCCUCACUGCGGAAGAUAUUUUCAACGGGAAACAAGAGGGCUUUUCUGCCCAUGCCUGCCACACGCGCCUGGCGGACAGCUGCCACAGCAAGUUCCGGACGGAAAUCUUCCAAGUGAAAUAUCGCAAGCAAGAUGGCCAGCUCAGCCAUCUUCUCGGUCUUCGAGACUUCACGGAUCAAGAUGCCUUGACAGGACAGAAGGCCCCCACCGCUGAUGUCGAUCAAGAGGACAACUUCGCAAAGAUCAGGAGUCGCAGGCGCAGUCAGAGCCAACCAGCGACCGGCGGCGGGGUGAUCUUCUUAGAAUUGGACCUCGAACGACAGGUUGUUGAUGCAGCAUCCAUUCUGGCUUCCGGCUUGGUCGGCAUGAGUCUGCCCGAGCUUUUCCCGGGGGCUGGCUGGCAAGCGAUCGAGACUUUCGCCGACGAUGUAGUGAAAAAAUGGAUGGCGAAGGAUAUUGGCUCGAUGGCGAGGAAGAUUCACCGCUUUGAACGACUCUUUAUGAAGUUCCCAGCCUCGCAGAGUGAAUCCAUGGACGGCACCAUCGAGGUGCUUCUUUCUGAGCGAAGCUCUGUGAGUACUCCUCGCUUGCUCAUGCGCUGCGUUUGCAGCACUGUGCUUACAUCAUCGUCGUCCUCCAGAUCAAUACGAGAUCGACGAGAUAGCUCGAGACAGAGCGGAAUUUCGAGCGCAUCGCACGCGUCUGAGAAAUCAAAUGCGUCGAAGUCUUCGGAAAGCCGCGACUGGUUCGGGCCAGUGGUGCCUGGGAAACUGGGCUCCUCCAUGUUGAGCUAG